AUGGAGGAGGAGGCUGCGAGGAAGAGGAAGAUGCCUUGGGCCCCCCAGGCAGGCCCCGAGCUGAGGACGGAGAGCCCGGAGGACAAAUCCCCCCGUGAGACCCUGGUGGGAGAGGCCGUUUUGAAGGGCUCCCCGGCGCAGGAAGGCAGCGGGGAGGAAAAGGGCCGGAGAUCCCCCCACAGGAGGGGCUCCAAAGCCAACCCAGGGUGCUCUGAGGAGGAAAGACCCAGCCUGUGCUGGGAAGGAGGCUGGACCUUGAACCAGAGCUCUGAGCUGGUGGUCCCUGAGCAGCCUCCCAGCAGGGAGAAGCCCUUCAGGUGCCUGGAAUGUGGGAAGAGCUUUAGGAAGAGCACCCAACUCCUCACCCACCAGCACAUCCACACUGGGGAACGACCCUACACGUGUAGGGAAUGUGGGAAGAGCUUCAGGAACAGCUCCUACCUGAUCCGACACCAGCACAUCCACACUGGGGAACGGCCCUACACUUGUGGGGAAUGUGGGAAGAACUUCAGUGACAGCUCCAGCCUGAUCCGACACCAGCACAUCCACACUGGGGAACAGCCCUACACGUGUGGGGAAUGUGGGAAGAGCUUCAGGCAGAGCUCCAACUUGAUCCAACACCAGCGUAUCCACACUGGGGAACGACCCUACAAGUGUGGGGAAUGUGGGAAGAGGUUUCAGACCAGCUCCAACCUCCUCAUGCAUGAGCGGACACACACUGAUGAGAGGCCCUUCCGCUGCACCGACUGCGGGAAGGGCUUCAAGCACAACUCCAACCUUAUCACCCACCGGCGCAUCCACACCUGGGAGAGGCCCUAGAAGUGUGGGGAGUGUGGGAAGAGCUUCACCCAGAGCUCUAACUUGACCUCACACCAACAGACCCACCAGUAAGGGAAGCCCUACCAGUGCCCCGACUGCCAGAAGAGCUUCGGCCGCUGCUUCCACCCCAAAUGAACCCCCCAAUGG